AUAUUUCUGCAAUUCUAUGUAAAGCAUUCUAAUAUUGAUAUGGGUCCCUUGUAGCCAUGAGGACCAUCCUGGCAUCUCGGGAAAUUUCAAUCCCGGAAAAUGUUGAGGUUAAUGUCAAAAGCAGAUCAGUUACUGUAAAGGGACCACGAGGGACGCUGAAAAGAACAUUUAAGCAUCUUCGUCUUGAAUUACAACUUAUCUCAAAGAAAAAACUUAAGGUUGAUGUUUGGUUUGCCUCCCGAAAAGAGUUGGCAUGUGUACGGACUAUCUGCAGUCACAUCCAAAAUAUGUUCAAAGGGGUUGUCUAUGGAUUCCGUUACAAGAUGCGAGCUGUGUACGCUCAUUUUCCUAUCAAUAUAACUUGCACAAAUGAUGGAAACGUUGUAGAAAUCAGAAAUUUCUUGGGCGAGAAGUACAUUCGUAAGGUACCUCUCAGACCUGGUGUGACCUGUGCAAAUUCAAGUCAGAAAGAUGAGAUCAUUUUGGAGGGCAAUGAUAUCGAACUCGUUUCAAAUUCUGCUGCGUUAAUCCAACAGUCGACGAAGGUGAAGAAUAAAGAUAUCAGGAAAUUUCUGGAUGGUAUUUACGUCUCGGAGAAAACCACCGUUGUUUCUAUGGACUAAAUAUUUGCAGAUGAAAUAAAUGUGUUUAAUCCUUCAAAUUA